CUCAACUAUGCGCAACCGCCCCUACUUUAAUUUGAUGUCAACAACCAAAACAUCUUUUCUUCUCCUCUACACCCCCACAGUCAAAUGCCAUACUUGAAUCUAACAGCUCCCCCGGAGCUAUUAUAUACAUGCGCAAACUAUGCUAACUACCAAGAGGCCGUUUCUGGCUGAUGAAGAGUUGGGGAAGAAGGACGACGACCAUCGACCACGGAAACCUUCGCAUUUCUGGCGCUCGUCAAAACGAUGGAAGUUACCACGACUGCGGCGGAUUAUAUUGGGAGUUACCGCAUUGUAUAUGGUAUAUCUCUUCUUUAGAAAUAUGCCCACCGAUCUUUCGCCUGCUCCGGAGCGGUUUAGCCCUUCACUUGCAGAAACGCGACAGAGAGCUGGAAUGCCAUGGUCCCCUCCCGCACCAUCGCCCGCCAUCCCUCAACGAGGCCCUCCUCCACGGGAUGAGUUUGCGCCUGAAGGAAAUCUUUAUUAUGAGGGAAGCAUCCAUUUCCACUCGCUUGGUAAAACUUUGUAUAGAUUUCGCAAAUUACCAGGUGCCCAUGCAUUGCCUACCAGUCGUGCAGUUGUCUUCGCUGGUGCGAGUUUGAGGAGCAUCUCUGAUCUUCUUCCUCUCGCUUGUAAAAUGGCUAAUGAAAGAGCCAAUGAAGUCCAUUUUGUGCUUAUGGGGAGGGAUGACGUCUCGAUUGAAGGUAUUAAGCACGUGAAUGGCAUCAUCGAUGAUAGUGACUGUCCUGUCUAUUGGCAUGAUGGUCGGGUAGAUUACGCGCAGUGGUCAACGGAUGUCCAAAUGGAGAGGGCUGUUGCCUCCGGGUUAACCUACGUGCACGCUUAUCUAUCUCCCCAAGCCGUGAUCACACAAGGCGAGUCCUCGGAAGAAGUGUUUUUCUUACACGGUAUUGAGAAGAAGGCUCGAGAGCUCGGGACCGUCCAUAUCGUGCUUCCCACCGCGGCUAGGGAUAUUAUGUGGAUCUCUUCCUUGGAUAGUCACUCUCUUCAAGCGUGGAAUGAUGUGCGCAUCGAGGUGCUGAUCAAAGCUCCUACCGAGUCCUCAGGGUCUUUCAUCAGACUAAUUCGAUCUCUGAAAGAUGCGGACUACCUUGAGUCAGCCCCCGGCCUGACUAUCGAGUUGCCCCAUGAUGUGGAUCCGCAACUUCUACAGUUUCUGAGGACAAUGAAAUGGCCCUCUAGCGCCUCGAACAAGGUCACUCUCCGCCGACGUGUGCGACAUGGCGUCUUGGAUGCGGCUGAAGCUUCUUUGAGAACUGCGGAAGCUUUCUACCCCCAGGAUCCAAACAUGACCCAUGUGCUUAUGCUUUCUCCACAAACAGAGUUAUCUGCUUCUUUUUACCACUACCUAAAGCAUACUGUGUUGAAAUACAAAUACUCGGCAAGCGCGGGACAGAUGGAAUCUGAUUUACUUGGAAUAUCUUUAGAGCUUCCGUCCUCGCUUCCUACUAACGAUGAAUCACACAACUUCCCAAUUCCUGAUACACGUCGCUUCUCGGGCUUAGAUGAAAGAGAGACCAUGCCUGUCGCCUUGGGACAGGUUCCGAACAGCAACGCGGCGCUAUAUUUCGGAGACAAAUGGGUCGAAUUCCAGUCUUUUCUUUCUGAACGGCUUGCCAAGGAAGAGACUUUGUCGCACGAGAAGGUCAUUUCAGAGAGAUACCCAGCUGUUAUGGAGUACUUACUAGAAUUCAUGCGUGCAAAAGACUACUAUUUACUCUAUCCAGCUGCUAGGAGCACCCAGACUCUAGCAACUGUUCAUACUGACUUAUUUCAGCCCCCAGAAGAAUACUCCGAAGAAAGCUGGGCCAAGCCCACCAAGCCUGACAACGCUGACAAUUGAUCUAAUUGAACGCGGAAAAGUCUCUUGAGUGCCCAUGAACAUCUUCUUACUUUAUGGGACCUGAUAACAACUCAAUCGAUCACAUCGCCCAUUGGGGCAGCUCGGCUACGUAACUCUAAUAAUCU